AUGUUAGCACAAACCACCGAUACUAGCAUUGCAAGUGAUCAUCAGCAAUAUUGGAAUGUUGACGUGGAGAACUUUGAAGAAAUAAAUACUAAUUUAGCGAAUGUUAUAACCGAGCAACAAUUACAAAGUUUACAACAAUUAGCUCAUCAGCAUCAUCAGGCUGAUAGUGAGGAUAGCCAUCACCAAAUUAUCAUCGGUUUAGUGCAAGAUAAAAGUAAGAGAACGAUCAUUCGACAAUCCAUUAGUCUGCUUUAUCCUAAUUUACAAACGGUUUUGCAAUGUCAAAAUGGUGACAAAAUAAUAAUAGUCGAGCCCAACCCAAAUUAUAACCAGUUAAAAAUUUUAUUACCUGAACAUCAAGUUGACGGCCUGCUACGUUUUAUAAGCAAAGUUCAUAUUACUAAAUGUGGCCAUUAUACGAUUGAUGUUCAUGAAUUAGAUAAAGAUCAAAGAAGACAAUUACAUCAUCGCAUCUCCCAUUUAUUUGGUAAAUUUAUAGAAAGUAAAACUAUAGCAAAAGUGAAUAAAAACGACAAAACAUCCAAGAAUUGUAUUAUUGUUCGCUAUAAAAGUCGAAUUAGAAAUCGCUAUUAUAAGGAUAAGGAUAAUAAUGACAAUCCCUUGUACUUAAAAUUUAUUCUCCGAAAGCGUAAUGUAGAAACACUAGAUGCUAUUCAUAAAAUAGCCAAAGCAUUAGGCUGUCAUCUAUCUGACUUCAGCUAUGCAGGUAUUAAAGACUGUAGGGCAAUAACUUACCAACAAGUUACUGUCAAGAACGUGAAACCGCAGCAAAUGAUAAAUGCACUUCAGAAAAUAAAAUCUCAAGAACAUAUCCAAUAUGGCAAUUACCAAUUUAUUCACACCCCAAUCAGGUUAGGACAACUAAAAGGUAAUCGAUUUCGUAUUCUUUUACGAGACAUAAGACUGCAAGACCAUGAUUCAAGCCUGAUAGAUAUUGCUGAUUUACAUAGCCAAAUCAUUCAAUCAAUGGAAGAAGUUAAAAAACAAGGAUUUAUCAAUUACUUUGGAAAUCAAAGAUUUGGUAAAACAAUAUCAACAGUAAACAGUUAUGACAUAGGAUUAGCCAUGCUAAGAAGAGAUGAAAAAAUGGCUGUUGAAUUGAUACUGUCAACAGUUGACGAAGAUAUAAGUGAUAAUGCAACAAUGCAAGCCCUAAAAUAUUAUCACACCAGUGGAGAUUUAGUUAGUACUCUUAAAAAAAUACCAUCUUAUAAAUCAAGAGUGUACUUGAUCUUGAAAGCACUGCAUCGCUAUGGUCAAAAUAUUGAAGGUUAUAGAAAAGCAUUACUAAAUAUCCCUCAUAAUAUGAGAAAGAUUUAUAUUCACAGUUAUUGCAGCCUAUUAUGGAAUCGUCUAGUAAAUUAUCGAAUAGAAAAGUAUGGAUACAAUGUUGUAGAAGGUGAUUUAGUCUUGCUUGGGAAUGUGGAUAAUAAGCCUGAUAGUACUGAUACCGAUGCAAUUAAUCAAGAUCAAUUGGUGAAAUUAGUAACAAAAACUGAUCUUGCACUAAACAAAUACAAUAUUUAUGAUGUUGUACUACCUUUAUUGGGCAGCAAGACAAUCUAUCCAAGUAAUACAUCCGGCUCAGUUUACAAGGAUAUGCUAGCAAACGAUGGUAUUAAUGAUAGUAGCUUUGUUAAUCCAAUGCUAAAUAUUAAAAUUAAAGGAGCUUAUAGAAAAAUUCUAUCUGUACCCAAAGAUGUAAAUUUUUCGUUACAUAUCCUAAAUUGUCAGCAUUUACACGACGAUUGUCAUGACUGUUGUUCCAAUAUCUUAAAAAAUCAAACUUGUAAUUCACGUUUCCAUUUUAAAUUGGAAAUGACUCUUAAUCCAGGUAGUUAUGCAACAGUAUGUCUAAGGGAAAUAACUAAUAACGAUGCAAUUAUAUAA